AUGGCAGUCGGACCUGCUCUGUUGCCAGCCUGCAUUGCCAACAAGAUGAGCUCAACUCGCAGGAUGAGACCGAACCGACUAACUACAUCCAUUCUAUUUACAUUUGUCUUUGCUGGCUCUAUCUCGGCAAUCUGGGACCUAUCAUCGCUCAUACCUUCACGUCAACAGCCACUAGCUCUUGAACAUAAAGAGCAUCAAUCAAUAAUGGACAAGAUCUUUCCUGGCAUCGUCCAGCCGCAGAAAACGGCCCCAGACGAGGAUGUGAGUUCUAAAAGCAGUGAGAUUCCCGUCAUCUCAGAUGUGUUGCCCAAGACCAAGGGUAUCAACAUAUUCGCGCGGUUGACUCGUGACUUUGAACCAAUCGCCAAUCGGCUUAACGAUGGGUCCAAGAACAUCACGGUUCUUGCGCCUCGCAAUAGCGCAAUUCAGGCUCUUCCUCGGAAGCCUUGGGAGAAUCCAGAGGACUACAAGAAGUUUGGUGAGGUAAAUGCUUAUGAGGGCUCAGACGGUCAGGACCGGGCAAAGCGCAACCUGCAGCGAUUUGUGGAGGCCCAUCUCAUUCCUGCUAGUCCUUGGAGAGUUGGAGAAGAAGUGGAGACACUUGCAGGGGAGAAGUUGAAGUGGACCAAGGAGGGCGAUAAGAUCUUUAUCCAACCUGGCAAUAUCGAAGUUGAUUCUGUUGCAGAGAAGGUUCACAAUGGAGAAGUUUGGAUCUUGAAUGAUGUUAUCAAUUACCGCCAAUAG